CGAGGGUGACUGUGGACGGCAGGUCUAACUAACAGUUCAGAAUCCGUUGUUGAACUUCCUUGUGGUAACUAUGUUGGAGUUAUGUAAGAGGAUAAGACUGUCACAGCACGUCUAGUCUACCAAUCAAUAGCCUCUGGCUACAGCCGCCGCCUCCCCUCCCUGGCUAUUUAGGACGUUUAUUCACACCAUCCCUCCCAGUGCUUAGCUCUGUCCCUCAUCCCAUCUCGGAGUCUUUUCCCAUUUACUUCCCCGCACCCUCCGCCUCCUGUCCAGCUGGUUCCUUGGUUUUAGUUGUCCCUACUCUUGCACGCUGGUCCUCCAGCUGUCUGGCACUCCGCCCUCCCUGCUUCAAUCUGCCUGUCUCCUCGCCCCUCCAGGUGCGCACCCAGUAUCCAGGGCCCCCGCUGCGCGCGUGCGCCUUGAACUCUUGGGCAGCAAGAUCACACAGUUGGGAGAAACUUCAGCGGCUGGGCUUGCGGUGAGCAUCGCAUCCAAGCCUCGCGACCCAUACUCACGGGAGGCUGGGCCAGGUGACUACCCUUUUGCGCAAUGGGCUGCUCCAGCAGCGCCCUCAACAAGGCGGGCGACGGCAGCAGGUUCCGCAGCGGAGUACCUUCAAAUGAGAAUUCAUCCACUGGAGAACAAAGCAGGUUCUGCGUGGCCCAACCCAUGCCGUGCACACCAGGGAGAGAAGCUGCCUUCUACAGCAGCGCACAAAGGCCUGGCCAGGUCCUGUUAGAGAGGCCCAAGGCUUCCGUGGUGCCUACAGCCAAUGGUGUUAAAUCCUGCUACCAACCAUCCCAGGCAAACGAUGAGGCCUCUGGAAAGGAUGCCGCAGACCCGUCAGGACCCACAAAGAAGACCGAGCUUCCAGUGCAAGGGGCAGAAUCUGAUCUACUUCAGCCAGGAGGCAACGAUGAAACGUUGGGGGCAGAGGAAAAGAAGGAAGAUGUGGAAACAAGGACAGAGGCCCAGUCUCUGAAAGGAAACGCUGAGACUGAGCCUCUAGGAACGGAAGCCGGGAGCCAGCCUCUGAGCACAUCAGCAGAGAGGGACUCCCCCGGAGCAGUGGAGGCCUCUGAGAUUCCACAGGCUGCCGGAGGGACGAAACUUCUAGAAACGGCGGCGGAGAGCGCUCUUCCUCUGGAAACAGCUACGGAACAGCCGCCUGAAAAAGCAAUGGGAAAGAACGUGCAGCCCCAGACUGUAGAAGCAAUUCCCAAGGAGAACAACUCUCCAGAAAUGUCGGAAGGAAAUCAGUUUGUGGAAAAAGCUGAACAAAAGGAACUUCAAGAGACCUCGAAGGACAAACAGUUUCAGCUUCUGGAAGCAAUGCCCAAAGAGAACAACUCUCCCGAAGUAACAGAAGGGGGUCAGUCUGCAGAAAGCAGUGAGAAGCAGCAACCUCAGGAAGCACCAUGCAAAGAUGAGCAGCCCCAACGUCUGGAAAGAAUUCUCAAAGAGAGUGAAACACCACAAGUGCCUGACGGGAGCCAGCUUGUGCAAACUCCUGUAGUGAACGAGUCACUCUGUGAAACUCCUGAUGGUGACGGGAGCCAGCUUGUGCAAACUCCUGUAGUGAACGAGUCACUCUGUGAAACUCCUGAUGGGACCAGAGACACCCAGGGAUCUCACCCUGAAGCAAACGCUGGAAGCAGGGAGGAGCUGGUAGGAGCUGCAGAGACGGCAACAAACGUGGACGUGGCCAGAGAAAUUCAUACCGAUAAAGAGGAGCAACACAUUGAAGGUGAGACUGGAGAAAAGAUGGAAGCAGAGAUGAAACACGAGAAAGGAAGUGAAGAAGCUAAAGUCAAAGAACAAGAAGCAGGAGAAGCUGCGGACCUGGGGACCGCAGGGGACAGCGACGGAAGGGCUACUGUACACAGCUUGUUAUAGAAAAGGGCAGGAAAAUUUGAGGCUAUGGGAGCAGAUGCCACCUUUCUGUGGCUGUACACUGACUAUAGAAACCAGGAAAAUAAUGUUGUUUUUGAUUGUGUUUUGCCAUAAGACUGCUAAGCUAUACAGUUUUUUUUUUUUUUUUAGGUACUAGGAUAAUUAUGCAU